UCGCGGUUGACGCAUUCCUCAAAUUGAACAAAAAGUUGAAUCGUGUGGGACCACCUUAAAACGUACUUCCUGGAAUAAUCGAGCCAUCGACUUGGCUUCUGAGGUUCAUUUUUUUUGUUUUUGUUUGUUAUUCAGGGUACUAGAUUGUCGUGGUUAAUUGUUUGGCUUUAUACCACAUUCAAUAAGUAUUACUGAAAUUGAGACACCCCAAACAAAAUGAAAUUAUUAACCCAUAAUAUGUUAACUUCUAAGUGCAUGAAAGGCGUCACAGUUGGGUAUCCAUUAGGGAUAGUGGCAAAAGAUGUGAAAGUAUCUGAAACGGAAUUUAAUUCUGAUUUCUUGGUGCGCAUAAUCCCAAAACUGGACUGGAAUACACUGUGGACUGCUGCAGAUAGUAUAGGGUAUGCUGCAGAGCUGCCAAAAACAAUAGUUGAAAACUAUGAAAGUAAUGAAGAUUUUUUGAAGAAAGUACAUCACAUACUGUUGGAGGUUGAUGUGGUCACCGGUGAUCUCGUGUGCCCUGAGUCCGGGCGGAAAUUUCCAAUAAAUGAGGGGAUCCCAAACAUGUUACUGAACGAGGAUGAACUCAGCUGAAUGUGCUGCUUCUCUUAAAGGGAAUAUGUAAAUUUUGUUUGAAUGUGCGAUGUAAUUAUGUGAGCUGCCAGUAUAUUUUGUCACUCUUUAAAGAGGACUGUAGUUAGUUCUCCUAAGUUGUACUACACAAACAGUGCCAUUUCCAGUGUUGGGCCAUAUAAAGGAGGUAAAAAAAAAAUGUGUACAGGGGAAGCCAAGUUAAUAAAUUUGACAGCUCCAUUAUCUGGUUGGAAUGAGAGGAAGCAGCAGUCUGUGUAGUUACUGGUACUGGGAAUACCAGAAUUUCAGUUAUUUGGUUUGUGUGUAUAGAGCAGGCAACAAAUUGACUGAUAUAGAAGAUGCAGAGAGACACAUGCAAGUGGUGUACCACACCGAGGGCAAGUGCGGUAUCCUAUAAGCAACAGUCUGAGGAAUGUUGGCAGAACAUACACUAAAGAUUUGUUGGCAUUGGAAGUGAUGUAGGGCUGCAGAGGUAAAUUCUAAAUUCAUUACUUUGAAAGAAAAAAAUAUAUACACACACGCAUAUGUAGAGUCCCUUUCUCAAAGCAGAAAGAACAAAAGAUGUCUUCUCAGCACUUUCUUGCCUAGAACAUGAAAAUAAAUUUUCAGGUAUCACUUACUAAAACUGUAUCUGCAAAAUUUUGGUUUUGUAUACUGCAAUCAGUUAGUCACAUUGCUACAUAACUAGUAAAAGAUGUUUGUUCAAUGAGACUGGCAAGGCAAGUACUUCACCCUGCGAUGUAAAUUUUUUAUUGUGGAAAUUAUUCUUUAAAAAUCAUACAAAAUGCAGCAAAUUGAGCUACAGCUGUGAUAUGAUUUUUCGUCUUAAGUGAUACAUUUUGCUUUAUAUUUGAGUGGAAAAUGUAAUAUAAACAUAAAGCUGUAAUAAUAAGGAUGAUAGUAUGCAAAAUUUUAGGUAGCUAUUAAAGAUUAAGAAUUUGUAAAAUAAUACUGCAAAUAAUUUGUUCUGAAAGACAAAUAUGUAAGUAUGUACAAACAAAAAAAUCUUUAACAAAAAUUCAGCACAGUUAAAUCAUCCAUUUAUGCAGUAAAUAGUAAUGUUUUGUUUUCUUAAAACUGUUGUUAAAAAAUUGUGAAUGGAAAUAAAGUGAGCCAUACACACUGUU